AUGGACAAAGGCCAUGAUUUGACACCCUUCUCAAGAACUAUUUCCGCAUCUUCUCUUAGAGGGCGAUUGACAAAGUUAACCGGUGCACCAUUGCGUCCUGUAGCUGCCCUUCAUGCCAGCAUCAACUUUGUGCCGACCAAGAUACCGCGGAAGAGGAGACUGCAGAUGAUGGUCGUUGCCGUGUGGUCGAUGUUGUUAGUGAUGUCUUGUUUCGUGUUCCUGAUGCUCUGCUCUAUACCGGCGCUAUGGCCGUUCUUGGUCAUGUACCUCAUCUGGAUUUUUUGUAUAGACAAGAGCCCGUCAUACGGAAACCGACUCACUCCAUGGUUCCGGUCUCUCAAGGUCUGGCAGUAUUUUGCAGAAUAUUACCCUGCGUCGCUCCUGAAGGAGUGCGACCUACCUGCUGAUCGCCCAUACGUGUUCGGGUAUCAUCCUCAUGGUAGUCUCGUUUCCCAUCAGGGUGCACUCGCCACCUUCGCCACCGAAGGCGAGUCCACCGGCUUCUCCCAAGCCUUUCCCGGCAUUAAGCCGCACUUACUUACGCUCACCAAUAAUUUCCACAUUCCUUUAUACCGCGAGGUUAUUCUGGCUCUUGGGAUCAGCAGCGUCUCGAGAGAAUCUUGUUCUAACAUUCUCUCCAGCGGGCCAGGUCAAGCAAUCACUAUCGUGGUUGGGGGUGCUGCUGAGAGCUUGAGCGCACGGCCGGGUACGGCCGAUCUAACAUUGAAGCGCAGAUUGGGUUUUAUCAAGGUCGCGAUCCAGCAUGGAGCGGACCUUGUGCCUGUGUUCUCGUUCGGCGAGAAUGAUAUAUACAAUCAAAUGCCGAACGAGAAAGGCACCACGAUAUAUGCUCUGCAGAAGAAAUUCCAGAGCAUGUUUGGGUUCACCCUUCCACUCUUUCAUGGACGUGGUCUGCUGAACUAUAACUUGGGCUUGAUGCCGUACCGACGACGGAUUGUGUCAGUCAUCGGCCGACCGAUUCCUGUUCAACGCUGCGAAAAACCGUCGUUGGAGGAGAUCGAAAGAGUGCAACGGAUGUAUAUCGAGGAAUUGACCAGGAUAUGGAACACUUACAAGGAUGAAUUUGCCAAGACACGCUUGAGGGAGCUCAGUAUCGUUGAUUAAAAUUGACAGACAGAAUUUGGUGCUACCGACGUGAUGACCGGCUAGCUACGCCGAAAACCAAUUGUAUUGUUAGAAUGAAUAGAGUCC